AUGUCACAGCUGAGUCUGUCCUCCCUGGGACUGUGGCCUGAGGUGGCCUCCCCAUGGCAGCUCCUGCUGCUGGUUGGGGCCCUCUGGCUCCUGGCCCGAAUUCUGACCCAGAUCUAUGCUGCCUAUGGGAACUACCGUCGCCUCCGUGGUUUCCCUCAGCCCCCCAAACAGAACUGGCUUAUGGGCCAUGUGGGCAUGGUAACUCCUACAGAGCAGGGCAUGAAGACACUGACUCAGUUGGUAGUCACCUACCCCCAGGGCUUUAUGAUGUGGAUGGGCCCAAUGUUCCCCGUCAUCACUCUUCCAAACCACCCUGCAUUCAUGAAGUCCAUGCUCCUUACUCCAUCUGCAGUUGCUCUCAAGGACGUGAUAUUCUACAGCUUUCUGAAACCUUGGCUGGGGGAUGGGCUCCUGCUGAGUGCUGGUGACAAGUGGAGCCACCACCGGCGGAUGUUGACACCUGCCUUCCAUUUCAACAUCCUGAAGCCGUAUGUGAAGAUUUUCAAUGACAGCACCAACAUCAUGCAUGCCAAAUGGCAGCACAUGAUCUCCAAAGGCAGCGCCCGCCUGGACAUGUUUGAGCAUGUCAGCCUCAUGACUCUGGACAGUCUGCAAAAAUGUGUCUUCAGUUUUAACAGCAACUGUCAGGAGAAGCCUAGUGAAUAUAUUGCUGCCAUCUUGGAGCUCAGUGCUUUAGUGGCCAAAAGGCACCAACAGCCUCUGCUGUACAUUGACCUGCUGUACGAUCUCACCCCUGAUGGGAUGUGCUUCCGUAAGGCCUGCAACCUGGUGCAUAAAUUCACUGAUGCUGUCAUCCAGAAGAGGCGCUGCACCCUCCCAGAUCAGGGUUUGGAUGAUUUCCUUAAGUCCAAGGCUGAGAACAAGACUUUGGAUUUCAUUGAUGUGCUGCUGUUGGUCAAGGAUGAAGAUGGAAAGGAGCUGUCAGAUGAGGACAUCAGAGCAGAGGCUGACACCUUCAUGUUUGAGGGCCAUGACACCACAGCCAGUGGGCUCUCCUGGAUCCUGUAUAACUUGGCAAAGCACCCAGAAUACCAGGAGCGCUGCCGGCAGGAGGUGCGGGAGCUGCUGAAGGACCGAGAGCCUGAGGAGAUUGAAUGGGACGACCUGAACCAGCUGCCCUUCCUGACCAUGUGCAUCAAAGAGAGUCUGAGGCUGCAUCCCCCGGUCCCUGUCAUCUCCCGAUGCUGCACCCAGGACGUUGUGCUCCCAGAUGGCCGGGUCAUCCCUAAAGGUGUCGUUUGCCUCAUCAGCAUCUUUGGGAUUCAUCACAACCCGUCUGUGUGGCCGGACCCUGAGGUCUAUGACCCCUUCCGCUUUGACCCUGAAAACAUCAAAGACAGGUCACCUCUGGCAUUUAUUCCCUUCUCAGCGGGGCCCAGGAACUGCAUAGGACAGACUUUCGCCAUGAGCGAGAUGAAGGUGGCGCUGGCGCUCACCCUGCUGCGCUUCCGCCUCCUGCCGGACAAGAAGGAGCCGCGCAGGCAGCCGGAGCUGAUCCUGCGCGCAGAGGGCGGGCUGUGGCUUCGGGUGGAGCCGUUGAGCGGGGGCACAAAGUGA